AUGUGGGCAGCUCGGCCGCGGGAGCGCGUGGGGAUUUUGCUCUUCCCUGCGAUGAUAGCCAUGGUCUGCUAUGCCAAGAGGUGAGAUUGGCGCUUGGGCGCGAGAGGACGUAUGUGUGCGUCUGUGUGUCUCUGUGUAUGUGAUGGGCUGAAUGAUGGACCUCAUCUUCCGGGGAGCUCAGCUCCGUGGAUUUCUUCCUCUGCUGGGAGGCUGGUCGGGAUCCUGCUUGUGGCUGUGUCGGUGCCUGUGUGUGUGCGUUCAAGCGCUCGCUCUGAAUCCUUUUCCUCUCCCUCAGCCUGAAUGAGCCCAGCAACAUGUCCUACGUGAAAGAGACCGUGGACAAAUUACUCAAAGGAUACGACAUUCGCCUGAGGCCAGACUUCGGAGGUGAGUCUCCUCGGAUUUGUUUACAAGGGGAAAUCACCAGGCUGCGUGCCGGUCCCUGCAGGGUCAGAGGCAAGGGCCGCUUAGAAUUCUAAUCAGCCGGGAAAGGGAUCCCUUUGGUAACCAAUUCCUUUCUCUCAAAAUGGGCACGUUCUCUUUUCUCUUGCCUCCCCUCCCCUCAUAUACACAUUCGGACAUCUAUAGACAUGCUCCAAACGUGUGGGCUCUAAAUUGAUUCAGUAAAUCGAUGUCCUUAUAUAAAAGGAUUUUGCUGGGGUCUGGUGGUAGGCUUUCAGAUUUCACAGAGCUCUUCUUCAGACAUGAAAAAGAGCACACCAACGUUUAAGCACGUGAACAGGUGCAGGACGCACUUGAGGCUCAGAAGUCCUGACCUUCCAACCCUUUUGACUGCUGGCCAUUAAAAACAAACACCUGUUUCCGUUUCCAGGCUCUCCCGUUGACGUUGGCAUGAGAAUAGAGAUUGCCAGUAUAGAUAUGGUCUCGGAAGUCAACAUGGUGAGUACUCUCUUGGAAUAAAUAGGGGACGCAAGGCGCUCUCUGAGAUUGCAGAGGGCUAUUCAGGAGAGAUUGGCCGCUUGUCGAGUUUAAUGUCGUGGCGUCCUGUUCUGAGGUGUGCUGGAGAAAUCAGUUUGGGGAAGACUUUGGCUGCUGCCACCUCGUUCGCCUCACCUUUUCCAAAUGUGGAACGGCGCCACCUGCCGACCGCCGCAGGUCACGAACUGGUUUCAGCACCGCGGACAGCGACCUGUGCCUAGGCUUUUUAAAUGGUAUUCCUACGCUUCUUCCUCUCUCUCCUUCUGUAGCGUUUGA